GACACGACAGGACGGCCAUCUGUGUCCGGUGAAGCCGCUAAGCCGACCGGAAUGACGGAGCUUCAGCCGAAGUCCGAGACGCUCAGCCUGCGACGAGCCAUCCGCACCCUCCACAGGCAGCAACCUCCGGAGACUCACAGCUCAUGGUCCACCGUCACCGAGCCCGUGGUGGACGCCGAGGUGAUGCGACCGCCGUCCCUCCGGCGUGCCCAGCCCACGGAGUCGGCCGUGCGACUCUUCGAGAAGAACGUCAACUUCUUCCUCGGCAUGUUUUACGCGACGCUCAACAGCGCCCUCGUCGGUGUCAUCUCGGUGCUCAUCAAAAUCCUCUACGACGUCCCGAUCCUCCAGCUGACCGCCAUGCGACUCGCCGGCAUAUUCGUCUUCUCCAUGCCCCUGGUCAUCCACAGCGGCCACGAUCCGAUGGGCCACCCUUCCAACAGGGUACACCUGGUCCUCAGAGCCACCGCGGGCCUUGCGGGUCUUUAUUUCCGCUUCUGGUCGAUGAAGCUGAUACCCCUGUCCGACGUGGCCGUCAUCCUCGCCAGCCUUCCCGUCUUCGUGACGGCCUUGGCCCGGGUGUUCCUCAACGAACCGUGCGGCGUCGCGGACACCCUCAUACUGAUCCUAACCAUGGCGGGGCUCAUGAUGUCCGCCAAGAUACCGCUGCCCUUCAUGCAGGCCUCGGGCGCCCGGGACGACAAGCCGGACCUCAACAAGUACAAGGGCCUUCUGUUCGCCCUCCUGUCGACCAUAUUCGGAGCCGUCAAGUUCCUCAUCAGCCGCACGGUGCGCUACGAACACCACUCGGUGACGCUCUUCAUGUACGGCCUCGUCGGGGUCGUCGAGUGCGUCGUGCUGUCGCCCACCGAGCCGUACGUGUUGCCGCGCUGCGGCCUGGGACGAGUCAUCUUCGCCGCCUUCGCGGUGCUCAGCUUUCUGGAACAGCUGGCGCUCAUCAAGGCGCUCCAGAUGGAGAACGCCGGACCGGUGUCGGUGGUGAUCGCCGCCAUGGACGUGGUGUUCAUGUUCGCCGUGGAACUCAUACUGUUCGGCAACAUUCCCGACAAGUACAGCUUCACGGGCGCCACGCUCGUGUCCGUGUGCGUCUUUCUGCAGAUGGCCAAGAAGACGGUCAUAGAGUCGCACCAGAACUCGCUGUUUAGGAAGCUGUUUUAUUGGCUCGCCUAUUGAAAAGU